CAGAAGACUGAGAGAGAAACUACAGACAAGAGAGGUGCUCACUGCAGUCUUCAUGGGGAGAAACUUUUAUUAUUCUGCAAACAUGACAAAGAGCCUCUCUGUCUCGUCUGUCAGACUUCAAAAAAACACAAAGACCACCCGGUCUGUCCAGUGGAAGAGGCUGUACUGGACCUGAAGGAGGAAAUCAAGCCUGCACUUAAUCUUAUUCAAGAAAAACUAAAGAGGUUUACUGAGACUGAACAAGAAUGUGAGAAAACAGCAAAACACAUCAGGAGUCAAGCCCAGCACACAGAGAGGCAGAUAAAGGUAGAGUUUGAGAAGCUCCACCAGUUCCUACGAGAGGAAGAGGAGGCCAGACUAGCUGCACUGAGACAGGAAGACGAGCAGAAGAGUCGGAUCAUGAAUGAGAAGAGAGAAAACAUCACAAGACACAUCUCCACUCUUACAGACAAAAUCACAGCUAUAGAGAAGGUCAUGGAUGCUGAAGACACCUCCUUUUUAAAGAGCUACAAGAGCAUUAGAGAAAGAGCCCAGUGCACACUGCAGAAUCCAGAGCUGCUCUCAGGGGCACUGAUAGAUGUGGCCAAACACCUGGGCAAUCUGAAGUUCAGAGUCUGGGAGAAGAUGCUGGGGGUGGUGCAGUACACUCCCGUGGUGCUGGACCCCAACACUGCAGCCCCCUGGCUCUCUCUCGCUGAUGAUCUAACCACUGUGAGAUACACAGAUACAAAGCAGGAAUAUCCUGACAGCCCAGAGAGAUUUAGCUGGUGUGUGAAUGUGCUGGGAUCUGAGGGGUUUACCUCAGGGAAACACAGCUGGGAGGUGAAGGUUGUGAAUAAACCUAAGUGGGAUAUAGGAGUGGUGAAUGAGUCCAUUAGUAGGAAGGGACAUAUAACAUACAGCCCAGGGACAGGAUUCUGGGUCAUAAUGCUGAGGAAUGGUUGUAAGUACUAUGCAGGUGGUGUUACUCACCUCACACUGAAGAGGAAGCCCCAGAGCAUCAGAGUGCAGCUGGACUAUGACAUGGGGGAGGUGUCCUUCUUUGACUCCAGUGACAUGUCAGUCAUUUACACUUUUAAAGACACGUUUACUGAGAGAGUGUUCCCAUUCUUCUCUCCCUGUACGAAUAAAGAUACAAAUGAAGGACCCCUGCAGAUAAGCCCAGUGAAGGUUUCUGUAACAAUUAUGUCAUCCCAUUGAAAGUGUUUUUAAAAGAAGAACAAACUACAUGUACUGGAAGAGUAUUAUAGAGGAAAUCCAUAUUCCUCUAUAACUAUUACAUUCCUCUAUAAUGAUUCUAGUUUCUUUUUCAUUUUAAUUUUCUUUUCAUCAUUGAUAAUUUAGUUGAGAUUUAUCAUUUUUUGAUAAUGUACAUAUACAGGCAGUAUCUUCUGGGUUUUGUUUUGAUCCAAAUCAUUAGACAAAAUGAUUUCAUAUAAUUUUUGCUCAUAAAGUAGAUGUGCACCUGUAGUGUAGUCAAAUACCUUUAUAUUUGAUUAAAGUCAUUCCUGUCUAGCUGGGUUUAUUAGGUAGUGCAGGAGCUUGAAAUGUGUGAGUAUAGUGAGAGUCCGUUAGUUUGAUUCCAUUUGUCCUCCUGUGUUCUUUUCAGAUUUUACUUUGCAAUUCACCCUGUCAGUACAAUGCUGUAGGAUUUACUGUACAUCUGGGCCUUAAGUAGCCUUACCUUCAAACUUCAAUCAUGAUUAAAUAAUUGGCAAAUAAUCACAAAGGUUUCUGUAAUUGUGCCUUUCAUUGUAUUCUCUUUCAAUAUAAUCAUGUCAGAGAAUGUAAAUGAAAAAAGGAUUCCACCAAGAGUCAUUUUAAACAAUAGUGUAUAUUUUUAAUUAAAUCCCUUUACUCAUUGGGUUGCACACUAGCCUAUAGCUAUAGCAACAUGCAAUAAGGUCCAAAUAAACUUCAGUGAUUUUCUGUAGCUUCAAACGGUCAUAACUGCACAGUUCAAAUGAACUUAUUUUUUAACAUGUCUGGUGACAGUUAUUUAAUUUUUGUUUAGUUAUUUCACACACUUAACACAAAAGAAUCAAUAAAAAAUCAGUGACUGUGAUUUUACACAAUGACUGCAUUUACAUAAGGCAAUAACAAUAAAGAAUGAUUUCAAGUACAA